CUUUAUACCUUUGCAGGAGAGACAGGGUCUGGAAAAAGUAGCUUGAUAAAUCUUAUUCUGGGAGAAGAGUUUCUUCCAUAUUCGGUUCUUAGCACAACGUCAACCAUUUGUGAGCUUAAGUUUGGGGAGGAACGUAAAAUGGUCGCUCACUUUGAAGACAAGGAUCCUGAAACAGGCCUACCAACAAAGGUUAUCCCGAUAAUGGAGUGUGAAGAAGGUUACCUUCAACAAAUUUCUCCUUAUGUUCACGUGGAGAACGAUCGCGAAAUGGGAUCAAAUUUCAAGAAGGUUGAGCUCUUUUGGCCUCACAGUUUAUUGGAGGUAGACGCGGCAUAUGUAAUUAUCAAGUCAUAGUUUGAGGCUUAUUUAAUUUUUUUACACUACCAUAGCUGAUACCAAGUGCGAAACGUAAGCCUUAAAAAUUGAGAAAGAAAGGAGGGUUACGUUGAUUUAAUGAUAAUGAUUUUAAUGGUGAUGAUAAUAAUAACAAUGAUGAUGACAAGCAGACAUUCUUCAAAUGGCGGUUGUCAUCCGUCUAGGUGUAUUUUUGCUGUUUUGCUAUGUUCUUUUCUUCUUCGCAAAGAGGGUGAAAUUUUCUGCUAUUUCUCCGUCUCUAUAAGUGAGAUGAGUUAACGCAAUCGUGUCCUCGGGUCUUCAUGGCUGCCGUCCCUUUUUCUUGCGUUAUCCUGCACUAUUGAUGUUAUUAACCAGUUAACGCGGACGUAUUUCCAAUUUGAUCAACGCUAGUUGGUUGUGAAGAAUAAACCGGGGUUUCGAGCCGAUCUGAAACGGAGAAUGAAAUAUUUUGUACAUAUAAUAAUAGCUAUUACCUACUCAGUCAUACCGCGACACAGUAGUGAGCAAACAAUCUGAGAUAUGAUUGUAAAAUCAAUCUUAUGACUACGUUAGUGAGCUCUAUGUGCAUUUAAUGAGGUAAAAAUUUGAAAGUUUUGUAUUUCAGAAAGGAAUUGUGAUAAUUGAUAGUCCUGGAGUUGGCGAGUCUGAUAUUAUGGACCAGGCAGUCACACAAUAUCUACCCCAGGCGUUUGCUUUCAUCUAUGUCAUUAACAGUGCAAAUUCAGGCGGAAUUCAGAAGGAUAGGGCAAGUAUCGUAUAGUAAACGAUAAUCGUUUAGUAGCUGCUCUCAAAGGGGCUAUUUCACAAGGAAAUUGCUGUUAUAGUUCAAUUCUAUGCUGAAGUCAUGAACUAAGUGCCUUUAACUAUACACAAAACCCCCUUAGGGGUACUCCUGGGAAUUCUUGGUGGGGGUGUGCCGCCUGGUUCUUCAAAUACUGACCCGAUUUCAGACCAUAAAAUGUAUUUUCCACACCCGUUUUUAGACUAGACCUCUAAAAUCCAUACUAGUUUUAAGACCUAGCUUUUUAGCAGAAAUUAUGUUAUCAUUACUUAGAUUAGAGCGCAAUGAAAAAAUUAUUCAAAUCCAUUUCAUAUUCGCAUAUUUCUCUUUCUGUCUAACUCAUUUGGAAUUGAAACGAUAAAUACGUUCACACACUCCUUAGUUCCCUCGAAAACCAUACCCGAUUCCAGACCAAAAUGGACAAGGAGUAUACCCGUUUCCAGACCAAUUAACGUCGCAAAAACCCUACCCGAUGGGCCGACACAUACCUAUAUGGCUUAUACAAGGGAGUACCCCCCGGGCACAAAACACUCCUGUUGAGUGUUGAGUAAUGAAGAGGAUAUUAAACAAAUUUCAUUAGAGUCUUAGCACUAACCAAAUUAUGUUUUUGGCAAGUUGCACUAGCAUAAAACCCUGAGAAGCGCCCAUGUUCAUCCUUGCCAUCCGUAGCAACAGACGACAGGAAACAGUUUCAGUGCAUUCAAGUCAAUUAAUGUGAAAAAGUAGCAAAUUUGUCUGCGUUAAGUCCGGCCUUCAUUUCAUGCAUAAUUUUUACCUUUUUUUUUGUAGAAAGUCAAAGAUAUCUCGAAAUCCCUCUUAUAGAUUUUUGUGAAACUUCGCACAAUAGAAGACAAGCAUCUUUCAUUUAAUCUAAAGCGGUCAGUGGUGGUCAAUUAAAAUGCGCGUGGUAAAGUUGAACAAAUUCUUUUAAUCCUUGCCAAAAUCCUUUGAUGAUAUAUGCAAAUGCUUUUGCAGCUUCAGCUUUUUUGUAGAAAGUCAAAGAUAUCUCGAAAUUCCUCUUACAGAUUUUUGUGAAACGUCGCACCACAGGAGAGAAGCACCCAAAAAAUAUGGAGACGAGCCACCUUAAUUGCCUUUCAUUUAAUCUAAGCUGUCAGUGGUGUUCAAUUAAAAUGCGCGUAGUAAAGUUGAGCAAAUUCUUAUAAUCCUUACCGAAAUCCUUUGAUGAUACUGAUACAAAUGCUUUUGCAGCUUCAAAAAUUACUAGAGGAGGUGAGAAAAGUCUCACUUCAAUGGCAGGGUACUGUGGCUGCCGAAUCUGCAUUAUUUGUGUGUAACAAGUGGGACCAAGUCUCGGAGAAGGAGGCAGAUAAGGUCAAGAAUCAUGUGAUCAAAAAACUACAAGUAUGCUGGCCUGGUGUUGAUCCCGAGUCACAGGUCAUGUAUAUGUCAACAACAAAAGCCAGUAAAGCUCAAGGCUAUGGCUUUAUUACAGAGGAAUUUCGCACUUUGAUGAAAGGCUUGAAGUUUGUCGUGGUAAAGAGUAUUGGAUCCAGGCUGGAAAUUCAUUGGACGUAAGUAUCAGGCUACACGUAACUAAUUUUUACAAGGUUUCAAUGCCAGGGUACUGUGCCUGUCGAAUCUGCAUUAUUUGUGUGUAACAAGUGGGACCAAGUCCCGGAGAAGGAGGCAGAUAUGGUCAAGAAUCAUGUGAUCAAAAAACUAAAAGCAUGCUGGCCCGGCAUUGAUCCCAAGUCACAGGUCAUGCACUUUGAUGAAAGGCUUUAGGUUUAUGGUGUUAAAGAGUAUUGGAUCCAGGCUAGAAAAUCAUUGUACGUAAGUAUCAGGCUACACGUGGCUGAUGUUUAGAGGGAUUUUCACCUAGCCUUUUCCCGUUAUGUCCUCCGGUUGGCCCUUUCCUUACCUCCCUGAGGUUCUGAGAGAAACUUAUUUCGUAGUGAAGAAUUUUUAAGGAACUAAUAAAAAUUAGUCGUAAAAUGUAAUCGAGAGUAUUUAAGGGCGUCAAAAAAAGUGGAUUACGUCAAGGCCCACCAAGGUUUACAACAGACAAACGGACAUGCACUUCAAUCAAGGUAAGGCACUCACUACUAAAAGGCAAAAGGAAUCGCAGCAUUUGUAGUCUGGAAGGUCGCCGGUGGCGUUGCUACCCUGCCUUCAUCCUGGCAUAACCUGCGAUCAGCUGUCCUCGUGGCCCUAUUCAAGACCAAAACACGAUAUUUCCGACACUCAUUUUAGCCUCCUAAAUCCAUAUUAUAGAUACUCCCUUUCAGACUUGGCUUCCGAAAUUUAGAUUCGGUUUGUAAUAUAAAUACCAUUCUCAAACUCAUUAAUAAUAGAGAGAAAACAAAGAAUAUCACAACCUCAACGGUGGUUUGGAUAUCGGUUACCAAUUGCCAUAAAAUUUUGGGAACUUUAUCUUUGAAUUUCUCCAAGAAUUAUUGUUCAUUUGAGAAGCUAUAUCAAAAACUUCACUCAGCGUUCCAUCCGAUAUCCAGACACCUCGAAGUCGGUCUUAAAAAGCUCAGCUGCGCCUCGUUUUUCAACCCAGUUUUUCCCCUGGAGACUACACCCGAUUUCCAAAAUUUUAUUGGGUAAAAUGUAGUGUUCUUUUUUCGGACCAAAGCAGUACAUAAACCAAACCCUGGUCUGCCCUUUAGGGUUGCACAUACUUGUUUAACCUAUAAAUGGUUGUCAGUAAAACUACCCUUCCGAAUAACCUUUGUUGAAUUAGUUGUUCUUUCACCAUUUAGAUGGUUGGAUCGUGUUAUUCAGCGAAUCAUUAAUCAAGCAAUGGCUUCCGUGAAGAAUGCCUCCAGAAAUCGCAGCCAACUGUACGAAAAGACGCGUAAGAUUGAUCAGUUUUUAGAGGCGUUUGAGAAAAAGCAAAUGCAAGCAGUUGCAGGCCUUCAUGAAUUUCAGAGGAGACUUGAGCAUGGUGCUUUGCAGAAACUAUCAGCGUACCUCUCAUCUGAAGAAGUUAAGGCUCGCUUUACGUCAUGGACAUUAGAUGAAGUGCCAGGAUCAGAAGGCAACUGGGACGAUACAGCACAGGAAAUAAUGAACCUGCUAUCAAAGCGGCUGCGAGAAUUCAUACAGCAAUGGGAAGAAGAUAAUAAAGUGUUUGAAAAUGCUUACAAGUCCCUCGUGGAACACGUUCAAAGUCUCUUCAGUUUUUUUGAAGGACAGUUGCGGAAUCUCGAGAUUGCCAUCACAGCUGAUGUUGAUUCGGAAAAUCUGGAAGAGCUUCUUGAAGACUACGACAUCCCAUUAGCAGGAAAAAUCCUCAUCGGAUUCACUAGUCCAAUCUGGAUUCCACUUAGCAUAGUUGCUCUGGUAAUCACUGCUCCUGUUCUUGGUUUCAUAGCAACGAAAAUGAAGUUGAGGGAUAGAAAAGAAGUUAAGGAUUACGAGGACGACAAGUGUGCUUUCUUGAGAAAAGUAUCGAAAAAGUAUCUUGAAGAUUCUAAAGAGGAAAAAGGCCUGGAGCUUCUCGCGAAGGAACAAAUGAAAGACGCCAAAUUGUUCCUCAAGCAGAUUGAAGCACGUCUACCAGAAUUGAUUGAGGAAGGCAAGAUGCUACGCAACCAAUAUGUUGCCGAGACAUGCUCACAGAAAGAGAUAUCAGAGCGCUAUCAGCCAAUAAUUGAUGAAGGUUCUCACCUCAGAGGGCGCCUGGCAGAAUAUGGGUUCAAAGAAGUUCGAGCCACUGAUAUCAGCACUGAUAAUCUGAAAUGGAAAGAGGAUACUUCUUCCCGUCUCGGCUGUGGUGCAUUUGGCGUUGUGUACAAGGGAAAGAUGAAACGAAAUGAAGAUGCCUACUCUGAAGUGGCACUAAAAAUGUACAACGAUGUUCUUGAUGCCAAAAACAAUGCAAGCCUGAUAAUGUCUGAAGUUCAAAUUUUAAGGUGAGAGCAACCCUAUACAGUAAUUCGUUUGUUCAGUAACGAUGAGCAGACAGAAAAUAUUAAGCUAAAGAUAGAUCCAGUAUUAGUAAUCGGCUCCUGCCAGAGUGAGGUAGAUAACGUGUAAUGUGGAUUACAUGAAAUUUUAAAGUUAUAUAACUUUGAUGAAAAAACACGAAAACACUUAACGAACUAAGUACAAAUCAGAUCUCUUUUAGAGAAUAAAGGACAAACUAGACAAAGACACUCAAAAUGGUAGCAUAUCGCGACGUUGGACACUUUUUUAUGUAACUGACCUUCAUCCAAAACGCCUAAUUUUCUUUUUGCUUCUAGCUCGUAUGGGCUCAUGAAUAACUAUUAACUAAAAUGGAACUAACUUUAAGGCUUUUCUGCUGAGAAAUGGAUAAGGCGACUAACCGGUUAGCUCAAUUAACGUUGGUGGAGUGCCAAUAUCCUGGUGAUUGAGAUCAGUCAGAUCACGGGUACAAAUAUUCUUCCAGAUGUCAGUAGGGACCUGAAAAACUCAGUUCCCCUGGGUUGGUGUGUUAUACCAUGGUUUACCGCCAAGAUAUUGUCCCAUGUGUGGGAAUAGGGUACAUGGACACGGUCCCAAAGUACGCUGACGGCGUUAGCCGUUCUGGUGGCCUAGGUAAUAAGUAAACAAAUAAAUAAAACUGUCAUUGACGCGUAUUAUUUAGCCUUCUGUCAUUGCAGAAAUCGUGCUUUGCUAUUAAUUUCUCCGUAUUCAUUUGUUUUAUAUCCCAGAAAAUUGAGCCACCCUCACGUUGUAAAGUUUUAUGGCACGUCGCUGCUUUGGGAACAAAAUGACGUGAGAAUUGUCCUGGUUUUAGAAUAUUGCAAGGACAACUUACGGAGUUAUAUCUCUAAAAACCAGGAGUUAAUUCCCGGGAAAUCCGCAACAAAAUAUAAGCCCAUUCGAAUAGCCUGUCAGUGGGUCAAAGAAAUCACUGAUGCUUUAGCGUACAUUCAUGACGUACAGAGGAUUGUUCACAGAGACCUUAAGCUGGAAAACAUCUUGGUAAGAUGCAAAUUUGUGGUUUUUGGCUCGUCCGUUUUGCCCAGUAGGCCAAGUAGUGGAUAGCGCUAUCUACAUGAUAUCCAACAAUCCCUUGGAUUAGUCAGUAUGACAACAAAUCAAAUCUGUUAUUUUUUGGAUAAAAACUAGAUCAUCAAGUAAGUAGUGAACACCCUUUAUCGGAAAAGGACACAAGCAUAUUUUUUUUUUUGUAAUAAAAGAAAAACGCGUCAGAAAAAAUUGAAAUAAUGAAAGAAGAAAAUACCUUUGGCUGUGAUAAAAUUGAUUGUCUGGUUAAUCAUGAUAUAAGGGAAAGUCAUCCAUCGGCAGGACUGUAGAUAGCGAUUUUUCACCCUUUUCUUGCGAUUUUUUCAUCCUUUGCCCAAACAGAAAGCCUGUUCACAGGCUAGACCGUACACAGCCCUUCAAGCUAAGGUAUAAUUUUAUCAAUAUGAUAUAUGAGACUUAAAACCGUGUAAAAAAAGAGUUUAUAAUGAACUAGGGACUAUUAACCCUAUUCAAACCAGUCCAUGACCGCUCCUUCCGGUUAAUGGUCAAUUUCUAUUCGUGAAUGAGAUUUUCGAUACCCAAUGACCACGUGUAAUCCAUCCAAUGCAAGUAUGGCCACUCGUUUCCCUGAUUAGUCUUCCUUAACUGGCGAUUGUAUGAUAAAAGAUUAAAAGUUAAACUGGACAUAAAAAAAAAAACUUUCAAGAAUUGUCUACAACCUUUUUCAAUCGACAAUCCAGUUUCCGCAUUUAAAUUUUUAAACAUUAUUGCUUGGGAUUAAAGGGGUGAGGUAGGGGAGAGGGGUAGAGUGGAUGUUUGUGUACGUUACUCAAAAGAAGAAGGAAUAAAGUUCUCUGUCCAUCUAAGCAUCAUGAAACAUCCUUGCCAAUUAAUUAAGAGGUGCUGUGUCUCUCACUGGGCCACCGCUAAGCCAUUACCGUAUCUUAGUCGUGUCUUAACUUGAAACUGUGAUUUUUUUGUUUGAAGCUGUCAGAGGAUAAUGCAGUAAAAGUUACAGACGUUGGCGCAUCUAAAGAAGCAGUAGACAUUACCGGUACCCUUGCUGGAAGCCCCGCCUACAUCGCACCAGAAGUGUUCAAAUCCCAGUUGUAUAACAGCAAAGCAGACAUCUACAGUCUUGGGAUAAUGUUGUGGGAGAUCUGGUACGGAGAGCGAGCUUUCGCCAGAACUGAAUCAGUAUCAUUAGAAGAUUUCUUUACGAUGGUGGAUAACGGUGGUCGUCCAGAACAUGUGAAAGGUUGCCGAGAACCUACCCAUGCCUGGGGAAACCUAAUGAAGGAGUGUUGGCGGAAGAAGCACAAGGACCGCCCCUCAGCUAAUGAAUGCCAUCAAAGAAUUUCAGCCCACUUUUAA